GAAACCCAGUCUUAUUCAGAAAUAAGGAUUUCUUUAGUCUUAAUUUCGGAGGUACGUUUGCCUACGAAGUACAACUUACAAGCCAUUUCUUCAUCAUCAUUACCCUUUUUUUUUGCUGUUUUGUCAUAACAACAAUGGCAAGUUUCAGGUUUGACAUGUUUGAUGACAUUCCAACAAAGUUUGGUCCUGACAGCGUACUGAGACAUCCAAGUCCGAGAGUCCCCCAUGUUGUGCUGGAUCAUGAAUUCAUCGGCGAUAAACAAGUUUUUGUGAUCGGAGAUGUGCAUGGCUGCUUUGACGAACUCCAAGAGCUUUUGCAAAAGGUGGAAAUCGGCACUGGCAACUCUAACAUCAUCACAAUAUUUGUCGGGGAUCUUAUCAACAAGGGGCCAAAGAACAGGGAAGUACUGGCCUUGGUGCGUCGCUUGGGAGCCUACUCUGUGCGUGGGAACCACGACCAGAAAUGUCUUGCACAGAUGGCAUUGUUGCGGGAAGGCAAAACCGUUUCGAGGAAAUAUCAAUGGUUAAGGAUCCUAACUGAUGAAGAUUACAGACAACUGAUGGAGCUCCCAUAUUCGAUCAGUUUACCGUCGCUACAGUCAAUAGUGGUGCACGCUUGUCUGGUACCCGGAAUCCCCAUCACUUCUCAAGACCCAGUUCAUCUGAUGAUUAUGCGGAACCUUGUCAAACAGAAUUUUCGAACUGAAGGCACAAGUACCGGUCGGGAUACACAACCGCUCUAUAGACCGUCACAGUCGCCAACGGCGGGUGAACCGUGGGCCAGUCUGUGGCCGGGACCAGACCACGUGUAUUUCGGUCACGACGCAGUGAGGGGAUUACAGCGGUAUGAAUACGCAACGGGCUUGGAUACCGGUUGCGUCUACGGCAGGCGAUUGACCGGUGCGUUCCUGACGGGAGAGAAACAAAUUGUGCAGUUUCAUGCCAAGAAAACGUACUGUGAACCGGACGGCCCACUCAUAGCUGAUUGAAACCGGCACUAUACUACCAGCAUUCCAAGACUAGCAGUCCAAGACUUUCUUAUACCAGGCUAACAUAAUCGCUAGAUUUUUUUCAGUGUUGAAAACAAGUCCUUUUCUGAGUCUCCAAAUUUUCUGAAAUAUAAUAUAAGUUUG